UCCCGGAUCCCGUCGCCAGAUCGGCGCCACCGUGUUCACCAUCAACGAUAUACUAGUCCACACUUUUGGCGGCAGCAGCCCAGUCUAAGGUCCAAUCCCCGAACCGAACGGUCGCCCGAAAUACUUAGCGAACGAGUGUGGUUAGCAGUUCAGUAGAGUGGCAAAAUGGAUGCGCGAUUCAGAAGCAACCUCGAUAUGAUCGGGCGCAACGAGCCCAUCACAAGGAAGGCGAAAUUUUGGCAGAGUUAUGUACGGGCUCUGAAAGGCACUGAUGACAUCAAAGCUCCCGAGCACACUCACAGGCCCCGCGGCAUUUUCCGCUCGGAUUUUCCUGAGCUGCAUUCCACCUCGUGGCCGUUUGGAAAGUCAAUCUACGAAAACCCGAUUCACGCAGCCGACCGUAUUAAUGUUCCCGGAUACAGGUAUUUGCCCGUGCAUCGUGAGAUCUACGGUUAUUCGCCAAGGCAGUUGAGUCCCCAUCAGUACAAACCCGUAGAACGCUUCACCCCCGCAAAACCAUUCGACGCUGAGAAGGCUUGGAAUGACCAUCUGAAUCGCUUGGCGGACAUCGACAGAAUGUACCCAAGCAAAUCACCGCUUUUGGCUCGUCAUUUAAGCCCACCGCUCAGUACGAAACGAUUGUUCGAUAUUCACGGUAAUCUCGUGGACGACGACUUCUUCUUGCCACGUCCGUCGGUCUUGCUGCGCAGGAAGCCGCUCUUCGAUCUCCUGGAACCGUCACCAAUGGCACCCAUCAGUGCGUUUACCAGGGACCCAUGGUGGUACCCGAGUUACGCGCCCUAUAUUCCGAGUUACGCUCAAUACCGUACACCGUUUUUUCUGAGAGAUAGCUAUCUCAGUCCAAUUAAACGUAGCUAUUUGUGGAGCCGACAUCCUUUCAGGCCCUUCGCUUACGCUUACUGAUGACUGCCUGGUGCCACACGGAAAGCGUGAAACAAAAAAAACGACAUAAAAAAA